GGAAGGGAUGCACCCAUGGGUGGGUGUUGGGUGGAGAGGAGCUCACAGCAAGGGUGGAAACCAGCAACUCUUGAGGCGAGACUGUGGGCGCUCAGCUCAGAGCAUCGAGUGAGACUUUCAAGACAAAGGAGAAGUCAAAAAGGGAGAUGGCAGCGUGGUGGGCCGUGCUGGGGCUGUUGGCUGUCUGCAUGGCCAGUGCUGCUAAGAAAUCUGUGCUGAACAUGUGCAUGGACGCCAAGCACCACAAAACGGAGCCAGGCCCAGAGGAGGAGCUGCAUGACCAGUGUGUCCUGUGGAAAGACAACGCCUGCUGCACGGCCAACACCAGCACGGGGGCUCACCAGGACCAGUCCUACCUGUACAACUUCAACUGGAACCACUGCGGGGUGAUGCCAGAGAAGUGCAAGCAGCACUUCAUCCAGGACACGUGUCUGUACGAGUGCUCGCCCAACCUGGGGCCCUGGAUCGACCAGGCGGAUACCAGCUGGCGCCGGGAGAGGAUCCUUAACGUGCCGCUGUGCAAGGAGGACUGUGAGCUGUGGUGGGAGGACUGCAAGGACGCCACCACCUGCAAAGAGAACUGGCACAAGGGCUGGAACUGGACCUCAGGGACCAACCGGUGCCCCCGCGGCUCCAUAUGCCAGCCAUUCAAGUAUGUCUUCCCCCGGCCGGCGGACCUGUGCGAGAAGAUCUGGUCCAACUCGUACAAAUACACCACGGAGCACCGGGGUGGCGGGCGCUGCAUCCAGAUGUGGUUUGACCCUGCCAAUGGAAAUCCCAACGUGGCCGUGGCCAAGUACUACGCCCAGAACGGGAGAGAUGCCUCUCCUGCGCCGCGGGCUGUCCUGCUGCUGCUGCCGGCUGCGCUCCUGUCCCUGCUCUGAGCAUCUGGAAGCUCCACUGGCUUAUACAGGAAAUAUUUCUUCUCUAGGCACGGGGUGUGUUCACCCUGCAGCCCUGCCUUGGGCUCUGGCCAGCAGAUGAUUCAGGAAUCCAUCCGGCUGCUUCUAACCCGGACAAGACUCAAUAGAACCAGAUUAUCCCCAUCCUCUCCUGCCCUUGAACGUCCCUCACUCCAUGGUUUUAUUGUCUCAGUGUUCUCCUGCCACGCUCCUCUCUUCCAGCGGGCUCUGGGGGGAGAUCCCUCCAUGCACUGUGUCCCUGGGGAUCUGAGCUCUGUAACAUGCAGUGACUCACUGGCUGGGUGCACUUCCUCUGUUGGGUACCAGAGCCGGGCAGGUCCUCUCUAACGAUGGUGCCCGCAGUCAUCUGGGUGCCUGUGCCCCUCAGCCCUCCAUCGACAGGAUUGGCCACUGUCUUUGCAUUUGAAUGUGCAGAGGGGGAGAAACCCCAAAGGGAAGACAGCAAAUAUUUGGGGCUGGGCGGCGGAGAGGAGGGUGCAGGGGAAAGGCAUUGGGGCGCCUUGGGGGAUGAGAAUUGCAAGGAGAACAAGGCUUUUGGACCCUCUCAUCCAGCCUUGCUCUGUCUCCUUCCCUGCCACCCUGCGCCCCCUGGAAAUACAGGUGUCUCCUCCCCUGGCUCGCAGCCUGCCCUGGUGUCUCCGCUUCAGCCCAUGAGACCAUCCUCUCUGUGGCUUUGGGUGGGGGGGGGGGUGACUUGAGCACAGAGGCAUCACCACCCCUAUCCUUGCCUACCUUGCUGCUGGUUCUGCUGUGUGAUUGGGUCUCUCCCUCCUCCUGUGCCGCUGCUCCAAUUCCUCUUCUGUCCGAGCUUCCCCAUCCUGCGCCAAGCUCCCGGAGGGGCUCGGUUCCCGGCCCUGCUCUGGCAGAAGACUAACUGGACGUGCUGCCCAGCGUGGCCGCAGGCAGUGCCUGGCCAGAGCCAGCGUCAGAGUCUCUGCGCCCCGUGGUGACUGACUGGGCUCUGACCCGCUCUGGGCCACUGCAUGGUAGCUGCGUUGCUAUGGCAGCGCUGGCUGCAGACACCAAGAGUUCCUACAGCCCGUAGAACCGGAGCAAUGCUUGGGAACACAGUCCUGCCCCCCUGCUGGCCACCACGGGCCAGCCAGACUCCCCGGGGACCACCAUGGGGUGUUGCUGGAAAUCUGAGCCCCUCUAGCUUGUGUCUGUGACUCUGGAGAAAUAAACUCUCCCAGCCCUGC